AUGUCGAUUAGCGCAGCAUGUCUGGGGCCUCCCGUGUCGCAAGCCGCCGACUUCUGGGGCCGGCGAUGGUUUGUGAUUGUACUAAGCAGUUUCGGUUGCGUCGGUUGUAUCAUCGUCUCGCGCUCGAAUUCCAUCGGCAUGGCGAUCGCAGGCCAGGGAAUCAGUGCUCUGAGCCAGGGUGCGCAGCCCGUCAUUCACGCCAUUGCUUCUGAGAUCCUCCCGCGCAAGCAUCGCCCCUUUGCGCAGGCAUCAACCAAUACCGCUGCAUUCGUUGGCGGAAUUCUCGGACUCCUCGUUGGCGGUGCCUUGACGAACAACAAUCCCUCCGGAUUUCGCACUUUCUGGUACAUCACGGCAGGUUUGUACGGUCUCUCCACUAUCGUGGUCGUCAUCCUCUACCACCCGCCUGUUCGCGAGCUUCAGCAGAAAUACACGACACGCGAGAAACUCGCCCAGCUCGACUGGAUUGGCUAUUUCCUACUCAUCACAGGCCUCGUGCUCUUCAGCUUCAGCUUAACAUCCGCAAUCUCGGUGUACGCGUGGAAGAGCGCACAGAUCCUGGCGCCUCUGAUCGUCGGCAGUCUCCUACUGCUGGCAUUUGCCGUCUACGAGUGGAAGUUCACUCGGACGGGGAUGCUGCAUCACGACCUCUUCACACGGGGCCGCAACUUCGCGAUUGCCGAGCUGUGCAUCCUCGCCGAGGGGAUUUCGUUCUUCGCGGCGAACAACUACUUCGGUUUUGAAGCCGCUGUCGUGUACGGCCAGGACCAAUUCCACGCGGGACUGUACUACACCGUGUCGUGGUGGUCAGCGUUCAUCGCCACCUGGCUGACGGGUAUAUACUGCUCGCGUAGCAAGACGGUGCGCCUACCGACAACACUUGCAUUCAUAUCAUUCGCGCUCUUCAGCGCACUGAUGGCAUCACUGACCCCGUCGCGCGGCCGAGCCAACAUCCUAGGCUACGCACCCUUCCUGGGCCUUGGGCUCGGCACAGCGCUGAACACGCUUGUAGUCGUCGCUCAGCUAUCCACGCCGCCGGAACUCAUCUCCAUCACGACGGGCCUCAUGAUCGCAACCCGCAGCUUUGGCGGAACCAUUGCGCUGUCCAUCUACACGGCUGUGUUCAGCGACCAGUUGACGACGGAGCUGCCCGCGAAAGUCGCCGCCGCGGCCGUCCCGUUGGGAUUCGACCCCAGUGAGCUGGGACAUCUGAUUGGUGCGCUGACGAGCGGGAACGCGACCGCUAUCGGCCUCGUGCCAGGUAUCUCGCAUGAGAUUCUGCAGGCGGCCGGCAUGGGCAUCAAGGAGGCGUAUAGCCUGGGCUUCCGCUAUGUGUGGAUCACUGCCGCGGCAUUCUCUGCACUGGCGGUUGUAGGCGCCACUUUCCUCGUGGACCCCAAGGCCGAAUUCAACGCGCAUAUCGACGCACCUGUCGAGACGAAAGAGGAGUUGGGCCGAGAAGGCAUCACGGAGAAACUGCACCACCACAAUCAUGGUUCACAUGCGUGA